AUGGCUAUCGCGUCAUCUGGUGGACGUAACGACAAGAUUGUUGGGGGCUACGAAUGUAAGAGAAACAGCCAGCCUCACCAAGUGUCUCUAAGUGUGGAUGGUGAACACCUCUGUGGUGGGUCGCUUCUGAAUGAGCUAUGGGUCCUGUCUGCAGCCCACUGCUACUACGAAGAAAAGUUUGAUGUUCGGCUUGGUGAACAUGACUUGACCAAGGAUGAAGGCACUGAGCAGGUUAUUAAUGUGGAAAAGGCCAUUUUACACCCUCUGUAUGACUACAUGACAGUGAACAAUGACAUUAUGCUACUGAAGUUGGCAUCACCAGCCAGGCUCACCCCCUAUGUUCAACCUAUUCGACUGCCGAGGCACUGUCCAGUAGAUAACACCCUAUGUUUAGUGUCAGGAUGGGGCAACACACUGAGUAAUGGAGAACUUUUUCCAGGAAGCCUUCAAUGUCUAGAAGUCCCAGUAAUUUCUGAAUCUUUAUGUCAUAACUUAUAUCCUGGAAAAAUAACCAAAAACAUGUUCUGUGCUGGUUACCUCGAUGGAGGAAAAGACUCAUGUCAGCGUGACUCUGGAGGACCGUUGGUAUGUAAUGGAGAACUCUGGGGAGUUGUGUCAUGGGGUGAAGGCUGUGCUCUACCAAAUCUACCAGGUGUCUACACCAAGGUCUGCAACUAUUUGUUCUGGAUUGAUGAAGUAAUGUCUACUGAAUAG